AUGUCUACGAACCAAUUAUUUUUGUCAAAACAGAAAACAAAAACAUUUUUAGAACCAGCAGUGGCUAUCUCGUCUGAACAGUCUCAAAAAUUGAUUCAAACUAUGUUAACAAUGUCAUUUGGAUGUUUAGCUUUUUUACGUGGUUUGUUUCCAGAUGAGUAUUUUCUGGAUCAAAGGUUUAUUCCUGAAAAGCACUCCAAAGAUUUCGAUAAAAAUAAACAAGCAAAUUCAAUCAAGAUUAAAACUUUGAUUAGAGGAAAAUCUCAAGAAAUUGAUUUAUUAUUAGAUUGGCUUGAAAAAGGUGUUUUCCAGUCAAUUAAAUUAAAAUAUUUAAGAGCCCUCUCUUUAGGUAUUUUUGUUGAAGAAGCUAAUCCCACUGAUCUGUAUGAAAAUUAUCUUUUCACAUUUGACUACAGUGGAAAUAAUGUUUCGAUGUCUAUUAAUAGUCAAGAUUCGACUCAAAAUGGGGUUGCCACUUCGCCAAAUGAAAUAAUAGCCCUUAAAGAUUCUCGCAAGAUGGUUCAACAGUUAAUGAGAAGGUUCAUUAUAAUUACACAGUCCUUGGAGCCUUUACCUGAUGAAAAAUAUUUGAAUAUGAGACUUUUAUUUAAUGAAAAUGUAGAGCAGGAUUAUCAACCGACGCUAUUUAAAGAUGCUACGUUCCAACCACGAGCUACCAUUAAAAUUCCAAAAAGCCUGGAUCUGGAUUCAUUUAAUGUGGGUCAAAUAAAUACAGGUUAUCACGGUUGCAAUUUAUCAAUUUUAUCUUCUUGCCAGAAUGUGAAUAAGAAUUAUGAUAUGUCUGACAAUGAGCUUUUAGAAGACCUUCAAGAAAUUGAUCCAUUACAACGAAUUAUUGAUUCUUAUACACCAGAGAAAGAAAAAGCAAAGGAAGAUUUUUUAAAUAGUCAACAAAGGUUAAUUAAUAAUCCAAAUGAAAAUAUCAAAACACAAGUAAGUCAAGUAGCAAACAAUUUAGGUAAUUUUUUAAAUUCUUCACAACCAAGUAUUUUAGCCACUCAAAUAGCACCUGAGAAAAAAAUAAUUGUUAAUAAUAAUGAUAGCAAAGAAUUAUUAAAAUGUGAAUGUAACACCGGCAUAGGAAAAAAUACUGUAGGAGAACUUUGUUGUAUUAAAUGUGGUCGUUUAGUACAUAAGCAAUGUUAUGGAAAUACUAAAAAUAGUCGAAUUGAGUGUUUCACAUGCCUCUAUAAAGAUACUAAUGGAGGGAAAUUGGAAACCACUUCAAAACAAUUUCAUGGGCUUAUGGUGUUGAGAAAAACAUAUAGAGUUAUUAAUAAACUUUGGGGAAAUCCUCCCCAAUCAAUAUCUGAAUAUAUGGAAAGAGUAUUUAGUAAGGAAGAAUGUAUGAAGGAAGAAAAUAUUAAUGAUUUUAUUUUUUCCCUUAAUUGUUUGUUUUAUGAUUAUACUUUACAGGCAGCUCCAGAAAAUAGGACAGUUUCGAAAUAUAAUAUUAUAUUUGAUAUCCUAAUUGAUGUGUUGGGUAUUUUUUCUGGUGACCAACAACCAUUUAUCAUGAAUGAAAAGUAUACCUUGUGUUUUCGUCUAGGGAAUAGAAGUGCUAACUCUAGUUAUUUAAAGAUAUUGCCCAAAUCUGGAGAAGAUAUUGACUAUUGGUUGAAAGAUUUUGAAAGGUUGGAAAAGAACGUUAAUCGUCACCUGUAUAAUAGUCAGGAAGGUAUAAAGAACAAAGAGUGUAAAAUGGCUUCAAUAGAUACUAUUAAUCUAAAUUCUUUAGCCAUCCAGGAUACAGAGACACAAGAUCCGAUUCGAAGUGGUAGAAAAAGGAACCAACUGGAUCUGAUACAGUACUUAAAUACUGAAGAGAAUUCAUUACUCCCUGAGACGUAUACCACGAACAAUUUUGAUAACUUUGAAGAAGAGAGUAAUACAAAUAAAAGAAAAAUCAGAAAGAUUAGUAUAUCGAAAGGAACAGUUAAAAGUUCUUGGUAG